AUGAGUGAGAAGGAGUUUAAUCCGCCCGGAGGACCACAAGGAUACGACCGGAUUGUUUAUUACGUGGCUCCGGCAGCUUUGGUCGCCGCGAUCCUGUUCUGCUGCUUCCGGAUUGCAUUGGUUUAUUACAUGCAAAUCAGGUGGGGGUACGGAAAUUAAGUCUAAUUUAAAUCCUGUAUCUAUGAUUAGUAUGUUUUAUGAUGCAAAAACGUAGCUUAAUGGAUGACGUCAUUUGUCAUCAUCGUUGAUUUUUAGACCUCGUCGCAACAGCAUCAGUCCAGAAAGACCCUCUGCGCCAAUAAAUGAGCUGGAAAUGGCCUCUGGGGCUUUUCCUUGUAAGUCCCUUUACAUUGGAUUUAAGUGUUUAGCAUCUUUCCGGGAGAUAUUUAUGAGGGCUCCGCCUCCAUCAUACGACGAUACUAUGAAAUACGAAAGACGGGCGUUAAGUCAGUUGGAAUCUGGAGUUCCUCGAGAAGGAAGAAGCAGACAUACUUCCAAUCGAAGGUGUCAUACUGUAUCAGACAGCACUUACGCUUUACCCGAAUCCAUCUAUGGUCCGCCAGCUUAUUCGAAUCGCAGAAGGUAGAUGACAACAACGAUGUAUAACUCUUUCAGUACGUGUAUAACCGAUUCUUCGACUUUACAAUUACCUCAGCCCUUGGACGUGAGACUUCCUUCCUAUGAAGAGAUUACUUCGGAUUCGGGUAACAAUUUAGUUCAAAUAAAUACAAUAAGCUAAUUACAGAAAUGCCGGCGGAGUCACGGGAGAACGGGCGACAAACGGACGUCGGACCAGUGGCGACACAAAACGUCGAUUCACGCCGACAUUUGUUAUAUUAA